AUGGGUCAACGUAUGACGCGUCGUCAAGUUGCUGAAGGCUUAGAAUUAUAUGCCGAGAAGAACUACGAUGCAGCAAUCAAAAAAUGGACAACAGCAUUGCCGAAAAUGAAAGACAGUCGUUUACGAUUUUCCACGCUGGGAUAUUUAGCCUUAGCAUCACGUGAUCGCGGACGAAAUAAAGAUUAUCUCGUUCAUGCCGUUCAACAAAUCGACAUUGCACAUGAACUGGACGAUAAUACCCUGCGAGCACAAGCGUACUUGAAUCUCUCGCGCGCAAACGAAAUGCUUGCAGACUAUUUCAAAGCUGUUAGUUAUUCACGUUCAGCAAUACAAUAUUCUUCAACAGGAGAUCUGAUCCAAGGUUAUGCAUUUUUGGUAAUGGCUGAUUCUUAUAUUGGUCUAUGUAAUUUUCCCAAGGUACUCGAAUGUCUUGAUAAAGCUUUGAGUGUGUCACAUGAAGCUGAAGAUCAUCUAAUGGAAGUUCAAGUAUUAAGCACUACUGCGAAGGUUUUUCUUGCAUUAAAAGAUUUUCCCAAAGCGUUAGCAUUUCAACGUCGUGCACAUGAACUUGCUGUGUCAACAGCUGCAUACGCCGGUGAACAAAAUACUGAUAAUUGUACGAAAUUUAUACGCUUGACUAAACUAAAAUUAGCCACACCAUUAAGACUAAUGGGCGAUUUCGAAGGUGCAUCAAAAUGCGUCGAAGAGGCCAUGCGUGCUGCUUCUAGUAUUGGUGACAGACCCGUGCAAGCAAAAUGUCUUGUCUGUGUUGGAGAUAUUCAACGUUCACAAAAAAAUUACGAAAUUGCUUGUAAAAAAUACGAAGCUGCUAUUCAGAUGUUGCAAGACAUGAAUGACAGAUACAGUUCCACAUUAGCCAUGCUUGGUCUAGUCAAGACAUUAUUAGCACUCGGCACACACACUCAAGUGGCAUCUGAAAUUCUUGCGACUGCUUUAUCAACUGCAACAUCAAUGGGCAAUAAAUUAAUGCAAGCAAGAUGUCAUUUGUUAAAUGAGCGUAUACUCGCUUCCGAGAAUCAAUUAGAUGAUGCACGACAAGCAUUUGACGCAGCCCUACGUCUUUAUCAAGACGCUGAUCUUUUAUGCAAAAUUUGUGAAAAACCAAUGGGAAUGCAGCCAGAUCACAUUCAAGCUCUGACAUGUGCACACAUUUUUCAUGAAGGAUGUGUUACAGAUAUAUUGGAAAAAUGGAUGUAUAAAGCACAGUAUUGCCCAAAAUGUAACAAAAGUGUAUUGUAUAGUGCAAGUUAUAUUGCAUUAUGUUGUUCCUGA